AACUGAUUGAUAUAUAUGAGCGAUUACAAGUUUACUAUGUAACCUUCUCUGCAGCUAAAUUACUCUGCCACCGAUUCUUCUUCAGCCAUCGUCCCCAACCUCUCUCCAAAAUGACAAAGAGAACCAAGAAGGCAGGAAUUGUUGGGAAAUAUGGUACCCGUUAUGGUGCCAGUCUGAGAAAGCAGAUUAAGAAGAUGGAAGUCAGUCAGCACAGCAAGUAUUUCUGUGAAUUCUGUGGAAAGUUUGCUGUCAAGAGGAAGGCUGUUGGAAUCUGGGGAUGUAAAGACUGUGGCAAAGUGAAAGCUGGAGGAGCUUACACUUUGAACACUGCAAGUGCCGUGACUGUCAGGAGUACCAUUCGAAGGUUGAGGGAGCAGACAGAGAACUGAUUUAAUUCUCAAUUUUGAUGUUCUAGUUUGUUUCUUCUGUCUCUAUUUUAGAUUGUCUGUCAAAACAUAUCCCAUUUGCCCUUUGAAUCCAACCUUUAUUAAUGAGACAAGAUUUAGAACUUCA